GUUUGCCUUAUUUUCAGCAUUUGAGUGCUUGCUUUUGUCUGUUGUUGAUGUUUCUCUUUUUUCGUCAAACUACACAAAAUGGUCUUGUUAAAAAUGGGACGAAUGUCUGCAAGAAAACUGUAAGCUUCCAACAGAGCUUCAGCAGUGCAUACGACAGUUUGCAGAUAUACACCUACUACACAUCUUGCGGGUUCUUGUGGGCGUCCUACUGCGCUAGAUACAGGUAUUAUUAUACGACACAUUACAGAACAACUUAUGGCAUAUCCUACAGAAAAGAGCAACAAUGCUGCAAGGGAUGGAGUCAAGUGGGAGAUCAGUGUACCAAAGGUAAAUAACCUAAUGCUUGGGUAGUCACUAGAAUAUCCUACGGAAAACAAUACCAAUGCUGUAAGGGAUGGAGUCAAGUGGGAGAUCAGUGUACCAAAGGUAAAUAACCUAAUGCUAGGGUAGUCACUAGAAUAUCC